GGGACAGGAAGGACCUCGUGGGUGAGCUGUUGGAGGCGGACGAGUCGCUGCAGCAGGAGCAGCAGCAGCAGCAGCAGCUGGGGGCAGCAGCAGCAGCAGUGUGGCGCUUUGCUGCUGCUAACUUGGAGCCGCAGCAGCUGCAAGCUCUUAAAGAAGCAGCAAAUAGCCCCACAGGCUUUUCCCCCAAGGGGCAGCAGGCGAAUUUGCUGCUGCAGCAGGCGGUGCAGCGGCUGCGGCAGGCCGAGCUGCAGCGAGUGCUGCAGCAGCAGCCCGCAGCAGCAGCAGCAGCAGCAGCAGCAGCAGACCCCGCCAAGCAGCAGCAGCUGCUGGAAGAGCACAGCCCGCUGCUGCGGCUUGUCACAGAUGCUUGUGCUGUUUAG